CCCUCUCACAAAACCCCCCUUCCGCUUAUCCCCUACCUGCAGGCUGCAGCUUCAGCGGUUCUUUAUACUCCUCCCCCCUCCCCACCCCCCACACCCCCCGGUUUUCUCCGGCAAUGGUUUUCACAGUGAGUGUGCCAUAAUUAUGCUCAUAGUCGUCAGGUGUGUAAGUGUAUUGCUUAGUUUCUCCAUAAAAAGAAAAAGUUUCAAUUUUUAUAAAGAGUCGACAUUGUAAAAGUUUAUAUUACUCUUCUAUUUUCGGCUUUGAUUCUUCUCUUUACAUGCUUUUCUUGAGCGUCUAUCGGAAAUUAGCUCUCUACAUUCACAAGGCAGUGGUAAGGUGUGCAUACACACUACCCUUCGCACACCCUACUUGUGGGACCGUAUCGGUUGCAGAGGCUUAAUCUGAAACUGUUGAAAUCAGGGAGAGCACGAGGAGAAAUAUAAGUAGAUAAUGGCAAAAUCUUCCCAACCACCUCAAAAUGGGAAGGAGGAGAUGAAAGAGAUUGAUACUGCGAAUGCCAGCAACAAUAACGAGAGCAGCAAAAAGAAGGCGACAAGAAAGUUGCCAAGCCCGAAAGAGCUUGUAUCACACUAUGAAUCGCAAGGUAUGGACUCCCAAGAAGCUUCCUUUAAGGUUAUUGACGAUCUCCAGGGUGCUCUCUUCAGGAUGGUCAGCUCUUCUCGAAAUGACAAGAAUCGCAAUAAUAGGAACAUGUCAUCCGAAACCUCCAGAAAACUUGAUGUCAUAAAUGCUCGACUUCUUAGCCUUGAUAUGAAAGUUGACUCCAAGCCUGGCUACCCUCAAACCCUUGCCAUCGGAUUGGCCGCUGGUGGCCUUCUUCAAGUGCUCCCUCGUGUUGCAAAUUCGGUUGUCCAAAUUUGGAAUACUGUUAGAAGUGCUACAAACUCAACCAGUCAUAGAUCAUAAAUCUUGUUGGUUGGCAUGUUUGCUUCCAGUCAUGGUACUUUUACUUUUGAAGUAGGAAUUCUUUUGAAUUUAUGAUUGCCAACAAAUAGAAUAUUGUCCUCUAGGGGCCUUUCUUCGUUACAAAUGUUGUGCUA